GGCCCGUCCAACUCAGGGACGAGGACUCGAAGGAGGCAGCCCUCAGUGUCAAUCCAACCCUGAUGCGAUCAAGAUGGAGACGGUCUCCGUGCAGCUGUGUGCCGGGAUCGAGUCGCUCUGGUCGCCUUCUCGGGAAAGCUGACCUCCAGGUUACCUUUUGAUCCUUGGCGCAGCUCGACAGGACUCUGUGCCGUCAUGCCCGUGGCCAUUCGAAGGAGGAGCCUUGAGGAUCACGUGACCAUCGGGGCUGGGCUAAAGUACAGUUACGAUGACCUGGACGUUGAUUCCUUCCAUGGAGCGAUUCGUAGAAUUCCAGCCUUGACCGAGGAUCUCGCAGAAGGGCAUCGAGUGAGAUGCUCCUCGUUGCCGGGACGGUACCGAGAGGCACGUGAAGACGGGUACUGGUUCGUGCCAGACGGUAACAGAGUGUGGGUCACGAGCCAUCAAGCCCGACAGAGCAAGUGUAUAACGGACAGCAUAUCUGACCAGCGCCCCGACAACAACUCGGUGGACCCUGGUCCGUUUCACAGCGACCAAGAUGAGUUUCCAGAACCUUGUCCAUCAAAUGGAUGCACCUCCAAGGAGGAGUUACCUCAUGCCAAAUCACUGCCCAGGGGUUGUGAAGACAAUGGGCAGGGGAACAGUUCUCAGGGGGCUUCUGAAGCACAUUGGCAAACACCAAGGUCACCUAGUCAAGACCAUACCGUCCCAUACCGAGGUGGAGAAGACAAAGGCCACUACAGCACCUUACAAAAGGCUGUUAGUCAGGUGCUGGGUGGUUCAUCUGAUCAGGUCCACACCCCUCCCUUGAGCAAUGCUGCCACAGGUACAAGAACAUCUAACAGUGCAUCAUUUCCAAGUGGAAAUAUGGACCGUCAUCCUUCGGAGCUCUGCAGAUGGACCGACCUAUGUCAGGCCUCAGUGGUGGAGAAGGACAGUGAAAUCCUACAAGUCAGAACUACUGGUCAAUCAUUGCUUGAGGAGCCCGGUCAUGUGACCUCGACAAGACGCAUUAACCAGGAAGGUCGAAGCAUCUCAGAGCAUCACGACCGCAGUACCUCAGAGAACGCCAUCGCCAUAGAGGGUUUAUGUUCUCAAAAAACCCUCAACCAAACCACCCAGGAACCUCGAGAGGACAGGGUCUCAGAGACUGAAUCAGUGGCAGCGGAGACGGCUCCUGGCGUAGCGAACGUCAAGGCCCCGCAGGGAUACCGUGAGAAUGUGGACGCAGGUGUCAGCACGACUGCAAAGUGCCUGAGUCGUGAAGCCUCGAAAAAUCAAGCAACCGGGGAUAGAAGUAAAGACACUGGCGCUGAUGUGAUUGUUGAGGAGGAGGGUUGUGGCCAAGGACCACCAGAGGAAAGCGAUACAAGAACCUCCUCGGAAGGUGAUCCAUACAGCGCGCUAUGCGUCCCGGUGGCCGACCGCCCAGUUGCGCCACAGGAACGUGGGAUGAGUACUGGAGAGACACUGUGUGAGGUGUCGCACACACCUGGAGUAUGUGACACACGAAACUUCACGGGAGAGGACAGACGUGUCGUAUCGGAAACGGGCGCCGCAAAUAAGGAGUCUCAUUCCAGACCGCGGGUGAAACCCGCCGCCAAGGCGCGACACGCUGACGUCACGGACAGGGAAGGGCUGAAGGAGCGCGGGCAUGAGGACGGCGCGGUGAAACUGCGGAGAAAGGGACCCAAGGAGGAGAGGGGCCACUCGCGCCUUGACUCCAUGGUUCUGCUGAUCAUGAAGCUGGACCAGCUGGACCAUGACAUCGAUGACGCUCUCAGUGGCGCCUCCCGCAGGCCUGCCGCAGGACCCCCUGUACCACCGGCCCUUGGGAUGAAGGACAAAGCGGAGGUGGAGGCCAAAGAGGCGUGUACCUGGUUAAGGGCAGCAGGUUUCCCACAGUAUGCCCAGCUCUACGAAGAUGGCCAGUUUCCCAUCAACAUCUCAUCUGUCACUUGGGAUCAUGACUUCCUGGACAGGGAUGCCAUUGAAGCUCUAUGCAGGCGGCUGAACACCCUAAACAAAUGUACCAUGAUGAGACUGGAAAUCUCUCCGCAGAGGAAACAAAGUGAGGACUCUGAUGAAGAUGAGCCAUGCGCCAUCAGUGGCCGCUGGACAUUCCAGAGAGAUAGCAAGCGCUGGUCCCGGCUGGAGGAGCUGGAGGUUUUCUCCCCCUCCAUGGAGUCCCCAGACAUUGCCCGACUCAGCGGCAGUGCUGAGAGCCUACUGACAGAGCCGGACUGGCCCUGCAGAGGCACUCCAUCUUUAGUCACUGCUGGUGAUGGCACCACCCGGGCCGGCUCUCUGGCCAGCAUUUGCUCCUCUGGCACCUCUGGGGCCACUGAAGACUCUCCUUCUGAGGGCCUUCCUUCGCCCUCGCCUUCACCCCCAUAUCCAAACACUGUCGGGUUCCCAUUUGACGACACCAAGCAGACCAGCAAAAGCGCCCGCUCCAGGGCUCGCAGCUUCUUGCGCAGGAUGGAGAGCCUGAGGCUUCGGGGAGCAUCGAGUCGGAGGCGCAAGAAGACGGCAGCAUCCAAGCUGGAGAUCAGUGGGCCGGUGCUGCGACAGGGCCCAGACGAGGAGCGCCUGCGCCGGCUGAACUGUGUAGAUGUAGCAGUUCUCCGUGAACGCAGCGUCUCUUGCUCUGCAGAACCCAGAGGUGGUCAGAGCGGCAGCAGUGGUGGCAGUAGUGGCAGCGGGAGCAGUGCAGUCAGUACACCUAGCCCUGUCACCAGAACCCGAAGUCACAGCACUGCAGCCAGUAGUGCUAAGCGGGCUGGCAUGUACCUUGAGGGAUUUGACCCAUUCAGCCUCCUGCAGCUGGAGUCUAGGGGUGUGGCUGAGCAGAACCAGCAUGUUCGCAAGGAGGCUGUCAGUGAACAAGGGAAUGAGGAGGAGGAGGAGGAGGAGGAGGUGAUGAUCUUUCUCAUACCCGAGGGGCACAAGCCAGGCACUUUCCCGAAAGCGCUCUGUGAUGGCCGUCUGUCCUCCACCAACAGUAUCCAGCGGCGUGGGUCCACUCAGCGACGCAGCUCUGCUGGCUCCUUGGACAGCCGCCUCAGUUUCUACGACAACGUACCUCCUCAGGAGGAUGCCGAGGAAGAGGAAGCACUGCCCUACAAGUUGGAGGACGUACUACGAAGCUUUGCCGAUGUGUGGGUAGAGAGGGCAGCACAGGCAGGCGAGGAGGGCGACUCCGACUCUGCCCUGGACUCCGCCUCGCCCUGCCCCUCAUCGCCGCUGCAAAGUCACCUAGAAGAGGCUGAGAACGGCAGCGACCUUGACAGCACACUGAAUGAGCAGGAUGAGACGCUGAUACGACAUGAGCGCAGGGAUUCCGGGGUCGGGCCUUUGCUGACCAGGUCUAACAGCAGGCCCCCAAAGCUGCGCUGGCCCAGCUUCCAGAGCUCACACCGGCCCAGCCUGCCCUCUGCCCCGCUGCAGGUCAGCAGCCAGUCCGUUUUCCAGAUGAAUCUUCUGCAGAAGUUCUCCCUGCUCAAGCUCACCGCCCUUCUAGAGAAGCACGCGCCCACUCAUAAGCAGGGCUUCAGCUGGGCUGUGCCCAAGUUUAUGAAGAGGACCAAGGUGCGGGAGUACAGGGGACGCAGCGUUUUCGGGGUGCCCCUGCGAGUCAAUGUGCAGCGCACUGGCCAGCCGCUGCCCUUGGGCAUUCAGCAGGCCAUGCGUUACCUGCGCAGCCAGUGCUUGGACCAGGUAGGGCUGUUCCGAAAGUCAGGAGUGAAAUCACGUAUCCAGGCACUAAGACAGAUGAAUGAAGCGUGUUCCGAAGGCGUGAGCUAUGAGGGACAGUCGGCAUACGAUGUGGCGGACAUGCUGAAGCAGUACUUCAGGGACCUUCCGGAACCCCUGCUCACCAGCAAGUUGUCUGAGACCUUCCUGCAGAUCUACCAAUAUGUGCCCAAGGAGCAGCGUCUCCAGGCUGCCAAGGCGGCAACCCUUCUGUUGCCAGAUGAGAACCGUGAGGCCUUGCAAGCGCUGCUCUGCUUCCUGAGCGACGUGGCAGCAGCCGCUGGCGAGAACCAGAUGACCUGCACAAAUCUCGCUGUGUGCCUGGCUCCGUCGCUCUUCCACCUGAACACGCUGCGGAGAGAUGGCUCCUCCCCCAGAGUGAUGCAGCGCAAACAGAGCCUGGGCAAGCCAGACCAAAGGGACCUGAACGAGAACCUGGCUGCCACCCAGGGCUUGGCCCACAUGAUCACUGAGUGCAGGAAGCUCUUCCAGAUUCCUGAGGAGAUGAGCUUCUGCCGAAACUCGUACGUAGAGCAGGGCCUGCCUGCUGCUGCGCUAGAGGAGCUUGAACAGGGCAGCGACGUGUCAAGCCUGCGGAGUGCCUUGGAGAGCCUGCUGAAGGAGGCCAAGGAUCGCUUCAGGGGAUACGACAGCUGCUCCACCCCAGAGCAGGUGGAGCUCGCGUACAAAAAGGUCCACGAUGGCUUUCCCCUGAGGCUGUGGAAAGCCAGCACAGAGGUGCCAGCCACCCCUGAGGAGGUUCUGACUCGGCUUUUGAGAGAGCAGCAUCGCUGGGACGAGGACCUGUUGCAGGCCCGGGUUUUGGAGAGCCUGGACCCACACACUGAGGUGUAUCAGUACGUGCAGGACAGCAUGGCCCCGCAGCCCCCCAGGGAUCACGUGGUUCUGAGGAAGUGGGCUACAGACCUGCCUAAGGGUGCCUGUGCGUUGGUCUGUGCCUCCGUCAACCAUGAGGGUGCACCGCUCAUGGGAGUGCGAGCAAAUGUGCUGGCAGCCCGCUACUACAUGGAACCGUGCGGGCCUGGCCGGACCCGGCUCACCUACCUGUGCAGGACUGACUGCCGGGGUCACUUUCCUGAGUGGUACAACAAGGUAUUUGGACACUGGUGCGCAGCGGAAGUGGCAGAGAUACGAGACUCCUUUGCCAGUGCGCCAGACAAGUGAGCGAGCACAAAGAGUGGCAACGUCCUUGGGAGUGGGGGGGCCAAAUUCACUUUGCAGUUUGCACAUGUUCUUCAGGCCGGGCAGAAAGCUGGACAUCUCCGUCCACUUGGUCCUGCCGCACAUUCUCUCAGCAGGGCCUUGUGCUACUCAGCUCGAGCCAUGGGCUGAGGGGCCGCGUGAUCCCGGUUGAAAUGGGACCUUCAGCACCUCCCCCGUGCAUCACCAGGUGUGACAUCACACACAUUUGCUACAGCUUCUGGGAAGCAAGCAGAAGAAAGUGUGAAUCGGUCACUAGUGAAACGUUUUGCCUGCAGAAGCAGCUGAGAGCUGCGCCACAUGGACUCACUUGUGUGUCCACAAUGUGUCGCUGUCAAGUGGAAGGGGACUGAUGGAUGGAUGGAUGGAUGGAUGGACUGAUGGACGGAUGUGUGUCCUAAGCGUGUGAAAAGGAUCAAUGGGCAGAUGACUAGAUGAGUAGCUGAGUAGGGGGCAUGUGGCUAAGAUGCUGGUUGGUUUUGUGAGGUGUGCAGUGGGAUAGGGAAGAGCACUAUGGGUACACUGUCCUCCUUGUGGUCUCUGUGGGCUGGUGUGGGAUGACUCCCUCCCCCCUGCUCCCCGAGAAAACAAUGGCAAUGACGAGCCAUAUGAGGAAAACAGGGUUAGGGUUCACACACAGACAUACAAAACUGCAUCAGCUCAUAUUUGCUCUGCUCAACUGUAGAUGAGAUGUUUCCUCGGACCAGUUCUGCCAGAAUUGCUACCAAGUUAUGAAGUUAUGUAUUUAUGGCUGUACAGAAUGGGCUCCUUUUAUAAAGGUGGAUUUUAUACAGGUUUUACUGUAAGGCGGCCGGACGCCAGCGGAGGAGGAGAAACACUGUCGCACGCAGCUUCCACACGUCUUCUUCUCUCAGUGUUACUUUAUAUGAAGUUGAAAUGAAGUUAAAGAGAAUAAUAUAAUGGAAAUUUUGCUGAUGUGAUUGUUCUCCGAUUGGAAAACUGUAAGUGUGUGUCAUUCAUAUUGUUUCUACUUGUAUCCUGGAAAACCAAAGUAAUGCAUGACAGUGAGAGUGAAUUUAAAGUAUUCCUGUAUUUAUACCUCAGAUACAGUUUUUCUACUCGGUAAAACGUUACUCUAAAGGUGGACAAAUAAGUUUCUUUUAAAACAUUUUUUCUGUUUCAACAUUAAAUGCACAAUUAAAUUUAAUUAAACAAAGAAUCUUAAUGUUUUGUAUCAUGUGUGACAAAGAGAGCUUGGUGAUCACCACUGGACACAGAAUCGAUUCACUCUGCGACAGCCAGUGGUAUCUCUCACACACCCACACACACAGAGCGGUGUCGAGGUGGCAACGAAGCAGGGGGGCAGCGUGUUCAC